AUGUGGAAUUAUAUCAGACGUGGAUUUAUAUUAUGGUUCAUUGUUGUUGUGAAAGCACAAAUCCAUGGUCCAUCGGAGGUGCCGAGGGAUUCGUUUGAUCAGCAAUUGUACGAAUCAGUGCUUGAUCCUGAGUUAUGUCGGCGAGAAAUGUUGCAUAUGGUUCUGGAAAAUCAGAUGCUCUGGCUGCAACUUCUGGACGCUGGGCCUCGAAUCCCGACUGGUGUCUUCCAAGGCAGUACCAACCAUUUGGGCAAUUAUUUUCAAUGUUUAUCAAUAAGAGAAGAAUCUCUAGACCCGCCUAUACAGGGCAAAUAUUGCUCGUUGAAAGUACCUUUGAAUCAAUCAUUAGAGUUUCCCCCCGGUUCGGAAUAUGGUGAUGUCAAUGGAAGGCAAUUACUGGCGGACGAGAUACGGAAAAGAGGGAAGGACCCAGAGGUUUUACUGAAAGCUUUAGAGAAAAGUGGAGAGAAUGGACCAACUGGGUUCCUAGAAUUCCUGUCCGCUAUAUCAUAUAGAUAUGGGAUUUGCAUACCGCAAACGUGUUCAACAGAAGAAUGGGUAGCGAGUGCCUUAAGUUCUGUUGGUUUCGAAUUUGAAGAGGUGUACUGCCGUCUUCCCAACGAUAAGCCUUGGGUUGCUGCGGACUGGGUCGCCACAGUUAUCUUCUCAUUGCUCACGCUGAUCACACUAUUGAGUACAUGCUAUGACCUCCAUUGUACGUUUACAUUGAAAAAAGAUCCAAAACAAAUGAAUCCCUACUUCAGAAUAUUCUCCGUGUACACGAACGCCCGUCGACUCACAACAUUCACUAAGAGCAGCGAUGCUCUGGAGUGCUUGGAUGGUAUAAGAUCGUUAUCCAUGAUGUGGGUCAUCAUUGGACAUACGUUCUCCAUGUAUAAUCACUUUACGAACCUUCUAGAUGUUAUAGAUUUCCUGGUUUCGGGUCCCGCUACUUUGAUUCAAACCGGUGUAUACGCAGUGGAUACGUUUUUCACAAUAGCCGGCAUUCUUCUAGUAUACACGUCAGUUGGGAAAAUGACUUCAAGGUCGCUUCUUCGAGGUCUGCAUGCUUUUUAUUUGAAUCGAAUUUUUCGUCUCUUCCCACUUUUGGCGGCAAUCGUCCUUCUGGAAGCCUCCUUCUUCCAUAGAAUAGCGGAUGGGCCUUACUGGCUGACUGUAGCCAGAAAUACAGAGAGAUGCAGAACCUGGUGGUGGACAACAUUACUUUAUGUGCAGAAUUAUGUGAACCCAGAUGACAUUUGCAUCGCCCACUCAUGGUACUUGGCGAUAGAUAUGCAGAUCCAUAUUAUAUCACCUCUAGUAUUAUACUGGGUUUUGUCUGGAAAGAAGAAGGUUGCAUGGACAGCGCUGUUUGGAGGAAUUUUGACUAUCUUGACAGCUUCCACCAUAUUCAACUUCUUUAAGGAUAUGCCGUCUAGUAACGCUAGUAUCGUUCGCUUAGAUGAACAAAGCUAUUACAUGAACAAUUUCUAUCAAAAUACUCUUACAAGAGCUUCUUCGUUCUUCUUCGGUAUGGCACUCGGGUAUUUACUGACUAUCACAAAGGGAAAGAAAAUAAAAAUGAACUGGGUGGUUGUUAUUGCAAUGUGGAUGUUAUCUUUAGCGAUGUUCGCUGUUAUUUUCUACUAUACCUAUGAGAUAAUGCAAUUAGACUGGGAUAAUCAAAUCUUUGACAAUUUUUACAACUCCUUCGGUAGACCAAUUUGGUCACUAGCAUUGUCGUGGGUUAUUUUUGCUUGCAUCCAUGGAUAUGGAGGUCCUGUAAAUUGGUUGCUCUCGCAUCAGAUGUGGAAGCUACCUAGCCGCAUCUCCUAUGCCAUGUAUCUAUUCCACUAUUCCUUCAUGUUUAUUGCCGCGGGAAUGCAACUGUCACCUAUUUACUUCACACCAGCACAGUCGCUGUUUGAUUUCAUCGGGCACUUCACACUGGCGUUCGUGGUAUCUUUCUGCGUAACGGUUCUCAUCGAUGCUCCAUUUUCAACUGUUACAAAACUCAUCAUGGGAGGAGGACCCAAGAAGAAACGGCCGCCUCCUCCAAUAGAAGCCAAGCCCUCAACUGAAGCUCAAAUUGAAAAUGGAACGGAAGUUGAUGCCACAGACAAAAAAGAAUAA